CAGCAUCAGUGCUUUCUCACAACUGCAGAGUGAUACAUUACUCUGAGGGAUGGUAGUGAUUUCCAGUCGGCAGUGAGACUCUCUCUGAAGAGGAGCUCUGUUCUAACACCUGCUCCAGAGUGGCCACCAAAGAGAGGGAUGUGAAAAAACCACAAACAUCUAACCCAGCAUCUGACCAGGACACAAUGGAUGACAGGAAUUCAACACAUUAUGGCAGAAACUCCACAUGGCCUGUCAACAGCGGUGUAAUUGUGUUCGGCUGGAUAACUCUCUGCAUUGAGUUUCCUGUCAUCUGCUGGGCCAUUUUUGCCCUGUAUCAUCUGGUUAAGAAUGACCGAGUUGCCCCUGUUUAUGUCAUAAACCUCCUCAUUUCAGAUAUUAUCCAACUUAUUGGUAGACUAGGCUUUUUGAUUGAUUUCAAAAAACAACCAAUGUGUGAGAUUUUUGCAGCAGUUUCUGCAUUUGGUAUAUUAGCCAGUGUUGUGUUCAUGGUGUGCAUCGCUCUGGAGAGAUACCUUGUGAUCGUCCAUCCUCUGUGGUACCGUUAUCGCCGCACCGUCAGACACUCAGUUCUGAUGUCUCUGAUUGCCUGGGUGUCUCCUUUCAUUCUGUAUUUGCUGGCUGCAAUUUCCAUUCAUUAUUCUGGACAUAAAGACAAGGCAUAUUUGCCAUUGUUAAUAUUCUUCAUCCUUCCAUUCCCUCUUCUUGUGUUUUUCUUGGUGGCCACAUGGAGAGCUCUCUCCCGCUCCACUUCAGUGCCCGUCACAGAGAGGAAAAGGAUUUUGUGGAUAUUGUUCCUUGUCCUGGGCAACUAUGCACUGUUGUUCUUCCCUGUCAUAAUAUAUGAUUUGAUUGUAUUAAUUCAUGAAGGCCACGAAUUUAAUGUGAAUCUCUUAAUCAAAAUAGGCAUUACAUUACUGUUCAUGAGCCCACUGAUGGACCCUCUGCUCUACAUCUUCAUGAGGAAGGAUGCCAAUGACACUCUGAAGGUCCUACCCUGCUGUCAGAGACUGAUUGGUCGCCAGGAACCCAGACAGGUUGCCAGGGCUGAAAGUGAAAAUUUGACCAGUGUUUAGAACAGGCAUUUAUACAUAUUUAGCAUAUUUAUCUUAGCCAGUGAACAUCUUAACUUUUGUAAGUUUCAGUUGUACAAAGUACUCUUUUGUGACCCUUUUGUGUUAAUAAUUUUAUUAUGAUGAAUUUUUCUAACAAGGUUGUACCAGGCAAUAUAAUUAUUAUUUCAUGCUUUUACAAAGCACUGUUCUAAAAGCCCACAUAGCACCAACAGACAGUGAAUGGCCAAGCCAGUGAUUGCCUGGGUUUAGUCAAAUCAGCCUGCCAUCUUCUGUCCUGUACCAGCAGUCUUCAGAGUGCUCUCUGACUGUAACCAUGACAACCAUCCAACUGAAUAAUCUCUUCUGUGUUACCUUCUUUUAUGCUGUAUGGAAAAAGGAAGCCCUUAGAUGUGUCUGUAUAGUUCCAGAAGCUUCCACUGAAUUUCUAGUAAGGAGAUUGUUGGUGUAGAUUUGUUUCAUCUGAUUUUGCUUUAAAUAUGACUGCAUGGUGUGAAUAAAUGUU